UUCCUUUACUGGUUUUAAUUUAGAUACAUUUGUUUACCAUUAUUUAUCUAUAUUUAAUCAUUUGUUCAUUUUUUACCCUUAAAAGGGCACUUGGACAGAUAAUUCCCAAACUGUGUUCCUGUUACACUCCCCCUCUUUAAAUGAAAAGAUAAUGCUUUGCUCUGUGUUUUUAUUCAGUACUGAGGUGUCAGUCUGUGACCUUUACCAAAAACAGUAAAGAUAGUUUGAGGUUUGUGAAGUCUUGAGAAAGGUCAUGGUGGAGGCGGAAGGGGAGCUUUAAAGGAAAUCUGAAAAGGGUUUUCCUCUAGGCUCAGUUUCCAUGUGAAUUGAGUCAAGUAAAAUCCAAUUAUAACUUUGUGCACAAAACUGUGAUCAAGAACUCAUUUGAGUACGCAAGAAUGACAGAGAAUGAGAGGAUUAGCUGAAUUAUAGAGCCUUUUCUAUGGAUUGAUUAUGGUGUGACCUUUACCCCUGAUAGGGCAGAGUGCCGUGUUGUCUGUUAGAAUCUAAUCAGAGGUCAAAGUCUCUGUUCUGGCUCACAGUCAGUAGUUGUGGCGUGUUUUUUGUCCCUCACUGUCUAAGCUCUUCCUUUCCUGCUAAAGACCCCUCACCUUACGAAAACUACCUUUGCUUGGAUUGUUUCCAGUUCACCAUCAUGUUGCUUCGGACUGUGGCCCUUCUCCUCCUCUGUGUGUCCUUGGGCAUGUGUGCCACUUUAGGCUACUACGAGACUGAAGAAAACAAGGAGGCAGCUCCUACUGUGGAGUCAACAGCUGCAAAUGCCCAAGUAGGUGAUUCGCCUGCAGAUAAUUCUCUUUUUGGUAACAAAUUAUUAGCUAAAAUACUUGCACUGGAUAAUGAUGGAGUUGACCAGCCUGCAGUGGAAGCCCAUGCCUCAGAUGGUGCAAUAGCCAGUGAUAAGCCUGUUGAAAACUCUCCCGCUACUGAAGCUCUUACUAAGGAAGCAGUUAUCCAGAAGCAACCUUCAGCUGAGGUGGAGGCCAAUGAGAUUAGACCAAUCCAGACACACAAGUCUCCUAACAAACCGCAACUGCAAGAAGAUGAUGACAGCUGGAGUCUCAAUUCAAUUAGGAAUAGUUUUCAGGCUAUGCACGGAUACUUUGACUCCCUGGUGGAGCUGGUCGGGGGACGAAAUGGUGUGUGCCAGUACCGCUGCAGAAAUGGAGAAAUUCCACAACCUCGUCCUGGCUACCAGCUCCCUGAGCCCAACGGUUGCAGUUCCUCUCUGAUUGGAUUCCAGGUGAAUGCUGCUCUUGAUGUGGGAAUUCCUGCUAUGACAAAGUGCUGUGACCAGCUUGACGUGUGCUAUGAUACUUGUGGCAUGAAUAAGUAUGACUGCGACGCCAGGUUUCGUUCAUGUCUGCAUGGCAUCUGCUCUGACCUUAAGAGGAGCCUUGGCUUUGUGUCCAAGGUACAAGCCUGUGAAUCAAUGGCAGACGGUCUCUACAACACAGUGUGGACUCUUGGUUGUAGGCCUUACAUGAACAGCCAGAGGGCAGCGUGUGUCUGCGAGGGAGAGGAGAAAGAUGAACUGUGACAUUCAACACUAUGGACAGCUCCUCUGUAGUUUAACAGAUAAUUUAAAAGUCAUGGAUAUUUCCAUAUAUUUCACUGUGCAUUAAUAGGUGUUUUGUCAAAGAAGAGACACCUCAUAAGAGCCCUCACAAAAUUCAGGGACUUGGUAUUAAAAAGACAUAAAUGGAAAUUCAAGCAAAGUGAUUUGCAGGAUUUCUUAAUAUAGAGGUCUUACAGACAUCACGUGUCUGAAUA